AAUUCGUAGUAAGUUUAAUUCUAAUACGAUAAACUUUACAAGAUCUUCCUAGGAAUUGAAUGGUUAAGACUAAUUUAUUAGAGGUUGCAAUAUUAUUACACAAAGAGCACAAUGAUGCAAAUUCAUGUAUCACCAAAUUCAACCAAAUUCAAAUUCAAAUUCAAAUUCAAAUUCAAAUUAAGCUAAUGAUCCAGGUCAAAUAGAUCCAGAUACAGACUCAAUGCGAAAAGCACAUAAGCAACACCGAGUUCAAGGUCACUAUUACAUGGGUCAAAGUGUACAUCUAAUUCAAGCAUCAGCUAAUAAAAAUCAAAUUGUAAGAGGGUAUGACGGAAUUACAAUACUUCUAAAUCCUCCACUACUUGGACCUAGAAGAAGAAGAAGAAGCCCUUCACCAUUUCCUAACUAUGGUGGCGAUGCUGAAUCUGAUGUAUGCGAAGAUCGAUUAGAUGCUUUUGAAACUCGAUUAGAUGCGGCUGAAGCUGAAUUAGAUGAGGUUAAGAAAGAUUUAAGUGAGGUUAAGAAGGAUUUAAGUGAGGUUAAGAAGGACUUAAGUGAGGUUAAGAAAGAUUUAAGUGAGUUGCGAGAGAUAAUUGCUGGGUUUCACAAUGAUUUGGAUGUAAUUAAAAGCCAAAUAGCCGUAUUGAUUGCGAGAGGGAAUUAGUUCAUCAAUAGUAGGUAGAUAGGUAAUGAAUUUGAUUACGUUGAUUAGCUAAUUAAGUUUAGAUCAGAGAACAUGAAAAAUAUAAUUAUUAUGUAUUUUUCUUCAACCAUCGUACAUAUUUUGUUAAGUAGUAAAAAUUCAUAUAUUUUGAGUAUUUGUAUUGUACGUUAAUGUGCUACUAAAUCUAGAUCUAAAUAUAAUGAUAUCACUAUUCAUAUAUCAAGUAAUAUAGAUUGAUGUAUACAUUAAAACUUAAACAUUUGAGCCGCACCACACCCUUCGGAGAUUCUUCAUCCUAAAAACAGUAAACCCCGUAAAAUAAAAUCUGUGAGGGCGCAGACAAAACAAAAAAAGAUUCUUUAC